CCCGGGACUGGCGCUGGGGCGCUACCUCUGCGGGCCUCAGUUACCAUGGCUGCUCUUUUCUGCCCGGUUCCCUUUUCCUAACUUCUGGACAGUGGUUUAAAAUGGCCUUGCUGAGGCAUCUAUCUGGAAGAUAGAAAGGGUCUCUCACUGAACCUGAAGCUCAUCAAUUGGUUAGACUGGCUGGCCAGCGAGUCCCGAGACCUGUCUCAGCCUCUUCAGCACAAGGGUGGAUUACAGGUGUGGAUCAUCCAAACUCCUGAGAAAUCUGGCAGGUAGUAGUAUGGGAUAUGACCUGCCACGGCCCCCAAAGAUACCAGGCAGGAAGCAAGAGGUGCCAUUGAAGCUAAAAUGAAGAGAAUUUAAUGUGGAUGGACAGAACAGCUUCUGUGUGUUCCUUCCAACUCAGCUGUUUCUGAUGCCUGGAAGCUAUUCUUUCAGCCACAAAGAUGGUAAUAAAUCUUUGCCUCCCACAGUUCAGACCAAGAAUUCACUGCAAUAAGGUGUCAGCUGAUGGUUAUGAAGUAGAAAACCUCAUCUCUGAAGACCUCAUAAAGAGAAGCCAUGGCUUUAGGACAGAGUAUUUCAUUAGACCACCAGUCUAUGUGACAGUUUCCUUUCCCUUUAAUGUGGAAAUCUGUAGGGUUAACAUAGAUCUCACAGCUGGGGGAUGUCAGAAUGUCACUGGCCUGGAGUUAUACACAUCUGCCUUAUCUAGCAGAGCCUCUCGGGAUUCACAUGAGUGCUGGACUACAGACCCGAUGGAGCUAUCUGUCCCAGACAAGGAGGCAUUCACCUUGGUAGGCAAAGUCUUACUGAAAAACCAGAACCACGUGGUGUUCAGCCACAGGGGCUUCAAGGCCAGGCCACCUUUUAGCCCAAUGGAAGUCACACUCCUCUCUCCUGCUGUUGUAGCCCAGGAACUCUGGAAUAAAGGGGCUCUUUCCCUUAGCCACGUGGCCCACCUCAAGAUCGGAAUCACCCAUGUGACAGGCAGUGGCGUCUCUUGCAUAAAGCGUUUAGAGGUAUGGGGUCAGCCAGCCAAGACCUGCUCUCAGGAGGUGAUAAACAGUGUCUUGUUGAUAGCAUCAGAAAGCAUGCCUAAGGACUUGGGUCUGCACACUCCGGUCUUGCCCAUGGAGAGUGACUGUGACCCUGAGGGUCAAUCUGAGGGCCAGCAGGCUCCCUGUGUCUUACAGGAGAUGUCUGAGAUGGUUAAUGAUGUGCCAGAGGAGUUCCUAGAUCCUAUCACCCUGGAGAUCAUGCCAUGUCCCAUGCUGCUUCCCUCAGGAAAGGUCAUUGACCAGAGCACUCUGGAGAAGUGUAACCUCAGUGAAGCUACUUGGGGCCGAGUGCCCAGUGACCCUUUCACAGGAUUAGCCUUUACCCCACAGUCCCAGCCCCUACCUCAUCCUUCCCUGAAGGCCCGGAUCGACCGUUUCCUCCUCCAGCAUUCUGUUUCUGGCUGCCACCUGCUUGGGAGAGCACAAACUACAUCAGCAAUGACCCCUUCUGUCAUUACCCUGCCCUCAAGGAAAAGGAAGCCGGAGCAGGCUGAACACAGCUCAGACUACAGCCUUGGCAUGGAUGCUUCUUCCUCUGCUCCCAGCCCUCUGCUCUCACCCACUACCUCAGAGCCUACUGCCAAGAAGAUGAAAGCCCCCAGUGAGCCCGCCCUCGCGGAGAUGGACUGUUCAGCAGGUCCAGUGUCCCAUGAGCAGAAGCUGUCGCAAAGUUUAGAAAUUGCCUUGACUUCUACCCUUGGCUCCAUUCCUUGCUUCACUGCCCGGCUCUCCAGGGGGCAGCUCCAGCAGCUGGGCACAAGAGGGAGUGGUGCUGCCAGGAGACCAGCCGCCAGCUCCGAGCACCCCAGGAGUGUUUGUGGUCCAGAGUGUGCCUCCUGCAAAAGAGCGUUUUCUUCCUACUCCACCAAGGAGCCUGUGUACCAGCUGCCCUGUGGCCACCUUCUGUGCCGACCCUGUCUGAAUGUGAAGCAACGCUCCCAGCCCAUGAUGUGCACAGCCUGCCAGCAGCCAGUCACCAGCCAGGAUGUGGUUCGGGUCCACUUUUGAGUAACGCGAGCCUCAACCAGAGAAGCCCCAUUUUGGGGGAGACCUGCAGGUGGAGGAAGCAAGAAUAGAACCCCAGCGCCCCUGUUCUCUCUUGGGUUUUAGCACCUCCUGGUGUGUUACGGAGCUGGGCAGGACACCCCACUCCUGCUUAGGCAACAACAGGAUAAUGAAGCCAUAGGCUGGCUAGGGGGGCAUUCCUAUCCUCCCUGGCCGGCCUUGCCACUCCCCAACCAGAGCCCCAUGUUACCUGCACACAACCUUUUGUUUUAUUCCAUUUUGUUUUGAUUCUUUGAGACAGGGUUUCUGUGUAUAACAGUCCUGACUGUCCUGGAACUCACUCUGUAGACCAGACUGGCCUCUUCCUCCUGAGUACUAAGAUUAAAGGUGUGUGCCGCCGCCACCACCACCUGGCUGCACACAACCUUCUAAUGGAGCUUUGUGGGUGGUGUUCAGUAGACUGUGACUUGGGACCUCACACAGCCUUCUCUGCCUCAGGGUCACUCCGAAGUAGACCAUUGUAGGGGUUGUUAAGCACAUGACUUAGCCAUGUGUCCUCCCAACCCUGCAGACACUUGGAGCCUUAAUACAAAGACAGUUGACAUUCACUGAAGCUUCCUCCUGGCACACAGGCCAGCACAGCCAUGUGCAGUGCCUGCCGCCUGUCAGGCAGUGGUUUCGAUCUGUCCAGCAUGGGUGUGUCAGUGCUAGGGACGGCCAGUAGCUUCUAUCAGGCCAGGUGCCGGAGUCUGUCUGGUUGCUCUGGUGCCACUCUCUGAAGGAGGAGAUUGCUGUUCUGUAUGUAGCCCACUGCAGGAGAAUAUUUGUGUAUAGGCAACAUCUUUAACCAAUUCUGUCUAUGUAUAUGGCACAUGUGUGCCAUGGUGUACCUGUGGAAGUCAGAGUACAGCUUCCAGGAGUUGGCUCACCCCUUCCUACUGUGGGGUUCCAGAACUGAAAUUCAGGUCAUUAGCACGUGGCAGUCUCCUUUAAUCUCUGAACCACCUCACUGGCUCCGUAGGCUACAUUUUUUUUUCCAUUCAAAAUUAAACUUUAUGGAGUCCCAAAGAA